GCCUGCCUGCCCGUCUCUACAUAUAUAGCACGCCGCCGCCGGCCUGGCUCGCCAGUGCGCCAAGCUCCACGACGCCAGACCAGCUACGCCGCCGACAUGAACCCGUGCACGUUGAUGCUGAUAGCUGCUAUGUGGUGUAGCGUCUUGGGAGCGCCACCGCAAAUUAACACCAAGGACGCUACCAUCAUCCAACAGGAAAACGACUUCAACGGCCUUAGCCCCUGGCGCUGGAGCUUCAAGAACAGCGACGGCUCGGAACGGACCGAGGAGGGGGAGUUGACGGCGGACGGCUCGCCCGACGUGUCCGGCUCGUACACCAGGGUGUCGCCCAAGACGGGCGCCGUCUACGUCGUCACCUAUCGCGCCGACAAGCACGGCUUCCACGUCAUCAGCAGGCCGCUCGGCAAGGACCAGCCGGGAGAGGCGUACGCCAGACUCCACAGGCGGCAAUUCUGACCGCAACACCUGCUACAAUCAUACUAGGCACCGUGUCAGCGAGGUGGACAUAGCGACGCAGCGAAUUCGUCCACGCACUUCCUUCAUCUAAACAAACCUGAAAUCUGGCAAUGCGAACUUCUUCAACAUCUCUUAUGUUCCGUUGUCACCAGAGGUCUUUGAUAGCUGUCACAAAGGCAGUAUACUGUAAAGAGAGCAAACAUGGAUCUCGGUAUUGGAAUGACAAGCGUACUGCUUGCUAGAGGUUCUUCGCUUACCGGAACAAUACCAUUACAAAAAUUAUUUCUCUGUUUUUCACAUCCGAACAUUCCACUGUCUUCUACGUCCAGCAUAUGGCAACUUUUCAAAACGAAUAAAUUACUGAUUCGCACCGUACAGAAAAGUCUAGAACCACACGAUAUUGCAGUUGUUAAUUGUUAUCUUAUCAUUAGCGAUAAACUCAUCGUUCGAGAUUUAAACUUGAGCGAUUAAUUUAUUACUGAAGAUAACUCUGUAUUAGAAAAGUAGUUUUGAAAUUCAUCUGAUUCUUUCCACGCCAGAUCCAUUUCUGUUUGAGGUCACAGAAAUUUUGGCUGGACAAUUUACUGGAUACACUAAAGGCUAAAUCAAGAGUCUGACUAACAUAGGGGGCAGCUGGGUGAAAGACAGAAGAAUAUGCUUAUUAUAGCAAUGGCUCUGAAAUGCGCAGUGUGAAAUAGAUAAAAACUUAGAAAAUGACCAGAUAAAUGUUCAUCAUCUGACUUGUCAGAUUGUACAAAUAAACGUCGAUGAGACCUAGAAAAGUAAGAUAACAGCACUUACAGCAAAA